AUGCCCGUCUCUGAUGGCGCUUCCUCAAUCAAUGUUGCGGUUCGAGUUCGACCCUUCACUAUUCGAGAGGCAGCGCAGAUCGCCAAAACCGAUGACGGGCCUCUUUUUCUCGGCGAUGGGUCGCUGGCCGGUGCACCAACCCCGAAGCUCAAUCAGAAAGGGAUUCGCUCCAUUGUCAAGGUGAUUGACGACCGAUGCCUGGUAUUCGAUCCUCCAGAGGACAACCCCGUCCAGAAGUUCUCCAGGAGUGUUGUACCCAACGGCAAGCGGGUCAAGGACCAAACAUUUGCCUUCGAUCGCAUUUUCGACCAGAAUGCCUCUCAGGGAGAGGUAUACGAAUCCACCACUCGCUCCCUUCUCGACAAUGUCCUCGAUGGCUACAAUGCCACUGUCUUCGCCUAUGGUGCGACGGGUUGUGGAAAGACACACACAAUUACCGGCACGGCACAGCAACCCGGAAUCAUUUUCAUGACCAUGCAAGAACUAUUUGAGCGAAUCGACGAGCGAUCUAGCGAGAAGAGCACCGAAAUUUCGCUCUCAUACCUCGAAAUCUACAACGAAACCAUCCGUGACUUACUUGUCCCUGGGGUAUCUAAGGGUGGUCUCAUGCUUCGCGAAGACGUGAACCAGGCGGUUUCAGUGGCUGGGCUCUCGAGCCACCACCCUCAGAACGUACAGGAAGUCAUGGAUAUGAUUGUACGCGGCAACGAAUGCCGUACUAUGUCCCCCACAGAGGCGAAUGCCACCUCCUCCCGAUCCCACGCGGUUCUUCAGAUCAAUGUUGCUCAAAAGGAUAGAAAUGCGGAUGUGAAUGAGCCCACCACCAUGGCUACUCUCAGUAUCAUUGAUCUUGCGGGAAGUGAACGUGCGAGUGCGACUAAGAACAGAGGCGAACGGCUAUUCGAAGGUGCCAACAUCAACAAGUCUCUCCUUGCCUUGGGCAGCUGUAUCAACGCCCUCUGUGAUCCUCGAAAGCGCAAUCACAUUCCUUAUCGCAAUUCCAAACUCACUCGACUUCUCAAAUUUGCUCUUGGCGGGAACUGCAAGACUGUGAUGAUUGUCUGCGUGAGUCCAUCAAGCCAGCACUUUGACGAGACACAGAACACGCUGCGAUAUGCAAACCGAGCCAAGAACAUCCAAACCAAGGUUACUCGCAAUGUCUUCAAUGUCAACCGACACGUCAAGGACUUCUUGGUCAAGAUUGACGAACAAAUGAAGAUGAUCACUGAGCUCAAAGCACAGCAGAAGGACGCGGAGCAGCUAGCCUUCGCCAAGUUCAAGAAACAGACUGAGAAGAAGGAUGCUGUUGUACGUGAAGCUGUCGCUCGUAUUCGCAAUGCUUACGAGCACACACUUCCGGAACGACAGGAGAAGACUAGCAAUAUGCUCAAGCUGAGACAAAUCAGCCGCCGUAUAGGGAUCCUGUCGUCUUGGAUCGCCGCUUUCGAUAACGUCUGCGCUUCGCGAGAUGGCGAGGAGGACUUGGCCAACCUAUGGCGGAUUCGAAAGACAGCGCAAGGCAUCUUGCUCGAACUUGAAGACAGCAGACACCAUUAUAAUCAGCGAUUGUCGAAGAACACCUGGGACAGAGCGAUGAAUUCGGCAGUUGAGAACGCGACCAAACAAUUACAAGAGUUCGACAUCAGCGACAACAGCGAUUUUGCCAACCUGGACCGUGAGGCUGAGGUGUUACGGUCAAAUGCAGAACGUGAAGCCUUAUCCGCGGUCGUAGACCAGGACAAGGCUGGAGAGGCAGUUGCUGUGCAGGUUCUCUUGCAGGCCCAAUUUGAGUUGAUGGCAUCCAUCGAGGAUAUCAUGGAACUCAACGCAUCCGAAGCCAUCAGAAAGGGUCGCGUUAUACUCACCAAGAUGCUGGAUAGCUGCGAGACAACAGUCUCCAGCCUUGUUAAACCGGAUGGUAGCCUACCUGCACUCCAAAUACCACCCAGUCCUGUCAAGCCAGCAAGCCCCCCGAAGCCCAAGAAGAGAUUCAGUAUGACCAGCAUGCCACCCCCCAGAACUUCUCUCGAACCCCCAGCUAUACAACUUGCCCCGGUAGCACCCCCUUCUCCUACCAAAGGCUCUCCUCGGCGCCGAAAGGCUGCUGCUGCUGGUCGGAAGAGCGUUAGCUUCACUCCGAAGAAAACCCAGGCGAAGGCUGCCAAACGAUCAGUCCGCUGGAAGGAUGAUGAAGAAGAUGGCACCCUAACGGAAUGGCAGAAGACCCCACAAAAAGCUGUCGAUUCUGCCGAUGAAGUUAGUAGCUUCGAAGAGCCAACACUACCCAGGGGGGCAUCACCAAUCCCGCGAAACAUUCCACGGAUGUCAACUUCUUCAGGCUCAACUUCGCCGCCACCCGCACCCUCUGAAGAGCCCUUAAAUAUCCCGAAGAAUAAUGGCCGCUUCAAGGCAGGGUUCUUGUCAAAGCGAGCAGGCAGCUCUCCUUUGGCACCGCCGCCUACAACGAGUCUACCUCUCUCUUCAGACAACGAGAACUCUCCGCUUCGAGACAUUGAAGGAAGCAGCUUCCUGAACCGAGCCUCCGCGGAUCGGCCAUCACGAAUUGCCGUCCGCAGCCCGAGCGCAACCUUUUCAAGCAGCCCAGCAUCCGAGAACAAGGAAUGGAAAUCCGAUAAGGAUGAUGCUCUUCAGAUCAAUUCGGCCAUGCGUCGCAUCUCCACUUCGCACUUUGGUCCUUCAUCCACCAAUUCUCUGCGAGUCCAUCGCCGCCGCAGCCCCACCUCGAAUACAUACGGCAGUUCCCCCAAUGAUGGCCACAUGUUCACCGCAUCCCAAGCACGCCGUAUGGUCAAGAGUGAUAAGGAACUUGAAGGCAAGCACCGCGUGCUGAGCCCUCACACUUUACCUGUGAUGAAGAAUACCGGUCGGCGCACCACCUUGGGAGGUGAAAUUCGACCUCGACACGCAAGCCUUUCAGGCCGAGACGCUCCUCGUCUCAGCGCAAUUGCUGCACCUCCAAUAGACCGAAGUCAGGAGAUUUCCUCUGGCGGUCUGCGGUAG